GAAAAAGAAGGCCCAAAAAGAAAGACCAAUUUCACUGGGAAUUCGAAACACAGUCGGACUGUCCUUAAUCUCCUCCCAUGGCCGUCCCUAUAUUAUAUCAUCAUCCAAACCUCCUCUUUUCCCCGCCUGACUUCUCCUCCUCCUUCCACGCUUCAUUACAUCCUUAUUAUCGCCAUUUUCCCUAUAAACAGAGAGUAACCCAUCAUACGAAUGAGAAGAAUUGUUAUUUAAGUCAUUCAAAUAGUCUGCGCCGCCGUCGAGAUUUUGCAAUGUACUGCCAGAAGACGACGGAGCAGCGGAAACCCGUUUCACAAGAUGGAAGAAUGCUGGUAUUUGUACCGCCGCAUCCGUUGAUAAAACACUGGGUUUCGGUUUUGAGGAAUGAGGAAACGCCGAGUCCACUCUUUAGUAAGCAUCUUACUUCAAUUCGCAUUUUAUUUCACCUGUUCUUUGACAAUAGUAGAAAAAUCUUAUUCUCAAGUUUAGUUAAUGAACUAAUUAGUCAAAUCAGUAUGAAAUACUUCCUAGCUUUAGAUGCGCAUCGAUGUGAUCAAGAGUACUGCUUGAUUAAUUUUACUUAUCUUGGAAGAUCAAAGGUGAUCUUUAGUUGGUCAGUUACUGGCUUUAUAAGUAUUAUGUGGUGAAGAUUACUGGGAUAAUAUGUUUAAAAUUUGUCUGUUCAUUUAUUGCUUGAUCUUUCUUGUUAGGACAGUACCUUUCCUGCUUUGGAAUCCAGAAAGUUCUACAUUGCAUUUUUUUUUUAUCCUAAACAUUGUCCUUGCAGGAAGUGCCAUGGCUGAGUUGGGGAGGCUGCUCAUUUAUGAGGCUUCAAGGGACUGCCUGCCAACUGUAUCUGGGGAAAUUCAGUCGCCGAUGGGUGUUGCAUCUGUAGAAUUUGUGGAUCCCAGGGAACCUGUAGCAAUUGUUCCCAUCCUCAGGGCUGGUCUUGCCCUAGCUGAACAUGCAGCGUCAGUUUUGCCUGCGACAAAAAUAUAUCAUCUGGGGUUUAGCAGAAAUGAAGAAACACUUCAGCCAUCUAUCUAUUUAAACAAGUUACCUGACAAAUUUUCCGAAGAUGCUCGAGUAUUUGUUGUGGAUCCUAUGCUCGCAACAGGCGGCACAAUACUUGCAGCUUUGAACUUGAUAAAGGAAUGCGGUGCUGAAAAUAAACAAAUCAAAGUGGUAUGCGCAGUUGCAGCUCCUCCCGCCCUUCAGAAACUCAGCGAACAAUUCCCAGGGCUUCAUGUGUACGCUGGAAUCAUUGACCCAACUGUGAAUGAUAAAGGAUUCAUUAUUCCGGGACUUGGAGAUGCUGGAGAUCGCAGCUUUGGCACAUGAAAUAUUUAUCCCGAAUCCUAUUAUUGGUCAAGUAUUCUUGUAGCUUCGACAAAUUUACCACACAUUUCCUAUUAAAUGAAUAGUUCGUAGCGGAGUUUAUAUAUUUAGUUUGGUCAUGGAGGUGACUGUGAUUUGCUAGGUGAAUUGUAUAAGGAUAUCCUCGUGAUGGCCAAAGCCAUGAUCAAUCUUCCGAGAAGCCAGUUUUGUUAGCAUGAAAAGUAUCAUUUGGUUGCCAUUGAAAUUGUUUUUUCU